GAGAUUAAGAAACGAUGGCUGAGAAACCUAAAUUGUAUUACUUUAAUGGACGAGGCCGAAUGGAACAGAUACGGUGGUUGUUAGCAGCUGCUGGUGUAGAGUUUGAAGAGGAAUUUUUUGAGACCCGAGAGCAAUACGAGAAGCUGCUUCAAGAUGGCUUGUUCCUGUUUCAGCAAUCACCCAUGGUGGAAAUGGAUGGGAUGAAGCUGGUACAGACAAGGGCCAUCCUCCGUUACAUUGCUACGAAGUACAACUUGUAUGGGAUGAACAUGAGCGACAGAGCAUUGAUUGACAUGUAUGUGGAAGGAACAACAGACCUUUCUCUCUUUAUUUUGCCAUUCCCUUUCUUGUCACUGGAGGAUCAAGAGCGCCAACUUGUUACUAUUAAAGAAAAAGCAACAAAAAGAUAUUUUCCAGUUUAUGAAAAAGUGCUGAAGGAUCAUGGACAAGAUUUCCUUGUUGGCAAUCGGUUUAGCUUGGCAGACAUACACCUCUUUGAAACUAUUUUAAUGGCAGAGGAAAAAGUCCCCACUAUCCUGAAUGAAUUUCCUCUAUUGCAGGCUUUUAAAACAAGGAUGAGUCACAUUCCCACAAUUAAGAAGUUUCUGGAACCAGGAAGCCAGCGGAAACCUAUCCCUGAUGCUAAAUAUGUGGAAACCGUGAGAAAUGUUCUCCAGAUGUAUCACCAGCUAAAGCCAAGUCCUUAAGAUUCCAUCAAGUUGUUCUGAUGAUUUUGAAGAAUUACAGAAUUGUGUAAUAUGUCUAAGACAAAAGCCAUGCUUUCACAUUAGAGACACACACAAUUUGCAGGAGUAUCGCACCACCUUUGCAAACUGGAUUAUAGACUGUGAAUAUAGCUUCUUAUGUAGAUGAUAGUGACAGUUAUAGCAAAGAAAGAGGAUCAUGAUUGUAAAGAGAUUUGAUGUAAGCAUAUUGACUGAUUAAGAUCUACAUUCAUUAAGAGAAUCACAAUUUUAAGAAGUGGUGUUUAAUUCUAGACCACCUGUAAUCUCUAAUUAUUAUUUUUUUGGCAACUCCAUAGCUUCCCUGAAAUUAUAAUAUUGAGACUGAGUGACCAAUUUCCAAAAUAGGAUCUCACAAGUUUUGGUAGAAAACAAAAUGCGGGUCAAUGAAAAAAGUUAAUUCUUCUAAUACAUAAACCAAGCAUGCAGUCUUUUGGAAGAAAUUCUGUCUCACCAUUCAGCAUGUCACAGGAUAGUUAUCCAGGCCACUGCUGUCUUUAACCACCACCACCACCAUUUUCUUUUUGUAAAAUGUGAUCUGGCUAUCAAAAGUUGCCUGCUGUUUUAAAGGGUAUUGUGCAUCAUUACAUUGUAUGAAGUAAUAUUUUUACUAGUCCAAUAAAGUAAAAUUUAGCAAGA